GUCUGGCCUGAGCAUUGGAGGUUGUAGACGGUCGUAACUAUGCCUGGUUAAUAAAGUAUGUAAACAGUCAUAGUUUGAUAUGGACAACAAAAGUUAAAAACAGUCGUAGUUUUGCCUGGACAAUGAAAGUUGUAGACAGUCGUAGAUUCGGCUGGACAAUGAAGUCUGCAAAAACACGUAGUUUGUCCUGGACAAUGAAGGUUGUAGACAGUCGUAGUUUGACAUGGACAAUGAAGGGUAGGUAGCCAGUCGUAGUUUGACCUGGACAAUGAAGGUUGUAGAUAGUCGUAGUUUGACCUGGACAAUGAAGGUUGUAGAUAGUCGUAGUUUGACCUGGACAAUGAAGGGUAGGUAGCCAGUCGUAGUUUGACCUGGACAAUGAAGGUUGUAGACAGUCGUAGUUUGACCUGGACAAUGAAGGUUGUAGACAGUCGUAGUUUGACCUGGACAAUGAAGGUUGUAGACAGUCGUAGUUUGACCUGGACAAUGAAAGUUGUAGACAGUCGUAGUUUGACCUGGACAAUGAAAGUUGUAGACAGUCGUAGAUUCGGCUGGACAAUGAAGUCUGCAAAAACACGUAGUUUGUCCUGGACAAUGAAGGUUGUAGACAGUCGUAGUUUGACCUGGACAAUGAAGGGUAGGUAGCCAGUCGUAGUUUGACCUGGACAAUGAAGGUUGUAGACAGUCGUAGUUUGACCUGGACAAUGAAGGGUAGGUAGCCAGUCGUAGAUUGACCUGAACAAUGAAGGGUAGGUAGCCAGUCGUAGUUUGACCUGGACAAUGAAGGUUGUAUACAGUCGUAGUUUGACCUGGACAAUGAAGGUUGUAGACAGUCGUAGUUUGACCUGGACAAUGAAGGUUGUAGACAGUCGUAGUUUGACCUGGACAAUGAAGGUUGUAGACAGUCGUAGUUUGACCUGUACAAUGAAAGUUGUAGACAGUCGUAGUUUGACCUGGACAAUGAAGGUUGUAGACAGUCGUAGUUUGACCUGGACAAUGAAGGUUGUAGACAGUCGUAGUUUGACCUGGACAAUGAAGGUUGUAGACAGUCGUAGUUUGACCUGGACAAUAAAGUUGUAGACAGUCGUAGUUUGACCUGGACAAUGAAGGUUGUAGACAGUCGUAAUUUGACCUGGACAAUGAAAGUUGUAGACAGUCGUAGUUUGACCUGGACAAUGAAAGUUGUAGACAGUCGUAGUUUGACCUGGGCAAUGAAAGUUGUAGACAGUCGUAGUUUGACCUGGACAAUGAAAGUUGUAGACAGUCGUAGUUUGACCUGGACAAUGAAGGUUGUAGACAGUCGUAGUUUGACCUGGACAAUGAAGGUUGUAGACAGUCGUAGUUUGACCUGGACAAUGAAGGUUGUAGACAGUCGUAGUUUGACCUGGACAAUGAAGGUUGUAGACAGUCGUAGUUUGACCUGGACAAUGAAAGUUGUAGACAGUCGUAGUUUGACCUGGACAAUGAAAGUUGUAGACAGUCGUAGUUUGACCUGGGCAAUGAAGGUUGUAGACAGUCGUAGUUUGACCUGGACAAUGAAGGUUGUAGACAGUCGUAGUUUGACCUGGACAAUGAAGGUUGUAGACAGUCGUAGUUUGACCUGGACAAUGAAAGUUGUAGACAGUCGUAGUUUGACCUGGGCAAUGAAAGUUGUAGACAGUCGUAGUUUGACCUAGACAAUGAAAGUUGUAGACAGUCGUAGUUUGACCUGGACAAUGAAGGUUGUAGACAGUCGUAGUUUGACCUGGACAAUGAAGGGUAGGUAGUCGUAGUUUGACCUGGACAAUGAAGGUUGUAGACAGUCGUAGUUUGACCUGGACAAUGAAGGGUAGGUAGUCGUAGUUUGACCUGGAAAAUGAAAGUUGUAGACAGUCGUAGUUUGACCUGGACAAUGAAGGUUGUAGCCAGUCGUAGUUUGACCUGGACAAUGAAGGUUGUAGACAGUCGUAGUUUGACCUGGACAAUGGAGGCUAUAUAGCCAGUCGUAGAUUGACCUGGACAAUGAAGGAUAUAGCCCUGGACAAUGAAGGUUGUAGACAGUCGUAGUCUGACCUGGACAAUGAAGGUUGUAGACAGUCGUAGUUUGACCUGGACAAUGAAGGGUAGGUAGCCAG